AUGGAAAACAUAUAAGUUGCAGUACGUAUACGUCCUGAUCCUGAACCAUCUAUUUGGGCUAUACAUGAUUAACAUAUAUUUCUAAAUAAUCAAAUAAGAAAAGCUACUAAUGGAUAAGGUCGUACAACUUUUGCUUUUGAUCAUUGUUUUAGUUAAGACAGCAAGAAUACAGAUAUCUACUCUAAAGAAGUUAAAUCACUAGUACUUGGAUCUACUAAUGGGAUAAAUGGUACUAUUUUUUUAUAUGGACAAACUGGUAGUGGCAAAACUUACACUAUGUUAGGUAAACCAAAUGAUGAAGGAGUCUUAUUACAAAGUUUUAAAGAUUUAUUUACUAAAAUUGAAUGUGAUCUUAAUAAGACUUAUGUCUUACGUUGUUCAUAUUUUGAAAUUUACAAUGAAUAAAUCUUUGAUCUUCUUAAACCAUCAUCCAAACUAUAAGAAACCUUAUAAGUUAAUGAAGAUUAAAAGAAAGAAUUCUAUGUCAAAGGACUCAUUGAAUAAUCUGUAUCAUCUAUCAAUGAAAUAUUUGAUGUUCUUAAAAGAGGUGAAAUCAAUAGACAUUAUGCUCAAACUGCCAUGAAUCAUAAUAGUUCGAGAUCUCAUGCCAUUUUUAGACUCUAUGUACAAUCUAUUACCAAUAAUUUUAUUCGAUAAUAUAGAAGAGAAUAAUCAUCACACAAAUUCCCAACUCUAGAAUAAUUAGAAGCAGAAAAUAAUUAAUUUAAAGGUGCUAUGGUUACUGAAAGUGUUCUUAAUUUUGUAGAUUUAGCUGGUUCUGAAAAAGUUUCUAAUCAUUUUGAAGAUUCAGAAAUAUAAGAUACCAAUCGAAGAGUCAAAGAAGGUCAAUACAUUAAUAAAAGUUUAUUCUUUCUUACUUAAGUCAUUUACUUAAAAGCAGAAGAUAAAGGUCAUGUACCAUUUAGAAAUUCAUCUUUAACCAAAAUUCUUAAAUCUAGUUUAGAUGGAUCUUCUAGAACAUUGAUUAUCUUAUGUAUCAAUUCAGCAGCUCUGCAUUUUGAUUAUUCUAUUUCCACACUAAGAUUUGGAAUGAAUGCUAAAAAAAUUGAAACCAAAGUUCUAGCUAAUAUUAAUUAUCAAAAUGAUGAUGAAGCCUUAAAAAUCUUGCUUUCUGAUUAUGAAAAAAAAUUGCAUGAUUAUGAAAAAAUUAGAGCAGAAGAAAAAGAAAAUUACGAAUAACAAUUAGGUCAAUUAUAAAUUGAAAACUAAUAAUUAUAAAAUAGAAUUACUACUUAAAAUGCUUAAAAUUUUCAAUGCAUUCCCAAACUUUAUAAAGAAAUUACUUGGGCCGAUCGAUUCAAAUAUGAUCUACAUUGUAUUGGUGCAGGUGAUGUUCUUGUUACUAAUUAAAAACUCAAAAAACCACCUCAACAUGAUUGUUAAGGUAAAUUAGUUUUAAGUGCUUUAAAAGUAAGUGAAAGAAACAAAAAAACACUCAUUUCUAAUUUUGAAUUAGUUAAACAAUAAUAUCUUUAAUUAGAAGAAUUAUAUAAAUCAAAUAAGCUUAAAAUACAACAAUAAAAUAAUCAUAUCCUAUUUCUAAAUACUUAAUAUAAUUAGUUAUAUAGUUAUGCAUCAGAAAUGAAAUAAUAGUUAAAUUUUGAUGUUAAAUAACUUUAAAAUUAAGAAUUAUAAUAAAUGAUUUAGUUUUAUUAAACUUAGUUACUAAAAUUGUAAAUUGAAUAACACGAAAGGGGAUAGAAUAAAAACUCUGAUUUGAAUAAGAUUUAUAAUGUUGAUUAAUUUUAAUUGGUAUAAGAAAAUGAAAAUGAUAAUAAAAUAGAUAUCUAAGAAUAUCAACAAAUUAAUUUAGAUUAAAUAAUGUAUCAGAAUUUGGUCAAUGUAGAGAUGGUUCAAGAGAAGGAAUUAGAUCAGAGUGUUUAAUCUGAGGAAUUCUUUAAAAUUGAGUUUCCAACCUACUUACAUUAAUCAAAUAAUAAUAUGAAUUAAUAAACUAUGAAUGAAACUGAAUCUUAAUAGACUGGUUAAGAUUUAAGUGAAAUUAAUUUUAAAACUGUUUUACAAAGCUUUAUUAGCGAAAUGGAUGUUUUAAAACCUUCCAAUUCUUCUCAUCAUAAAAACAAUAGUACAUCUUGUAAUAAGAAAUAAACUGCAAAAUAUAAGACACCUGAUAAAUUGAAAAAAUAAAGCACAAGUCAAACUACAAUAAGAGGAAAAUAAAAUAUUGAACCUACUCGUUAAAGUUUUAAUAAUAUUCCAAAACCAAAAGUAAGACCUAGACCGAGUGGUAAUACAAAUGAAGAGUUAUCAUUGUUGUUGAACAAUACUGAAAUGAGUAAAUAUUGA